GCAGCGCAGUAGUUCGGCUCUACCCUAAUUAGUGCGUAUAUUGUUUAGCUGUGCGGCAAAUUGUGCACGCUAUAUCGAAAACAUCAUAAAGAUGCGACUGCUACGAUUGCCAAUGGUCGAAUGGAAAUCAUCGGUAAUUAUUUGAGCCAUCACCACGUAAAUGUGCAAGCGAAUCGAGACACGAUGCAAGGGCGAAAGCGAAUACCUUCCUAGGGCUUCUUCGUUUUGACAGACCGAUCCGCUCGCCGGGUAGUUGUUUGCUUUGUCAGGAGGCCCUAACCUGUAAGUUGCAUCCAAUAUGCGGUGAACCAUUGCUACGAAGCUUAUGUUUUCGAUCAAUUGUCACAUCUUGCAUGCGUAAUCAAAUUGAGUUGACGGAAGGAGCUUUCCCAGCAAACGCAAACGGAGUACCGGCUGGAGGCUUUCGCACACUCUUUCUCGAGUAGCUGUAACAGCUGCCGUAAUAAUGAUGCGUUUCAGAUGAAAUGACGAUGUGCUCGAUGGAGCACCAAAGCUUUCUAGUAUUUUACUUGUAAUAAAGUUGCACGCGAGCUCAUUUUGCCGUCAUGGGUAGCGAGUCGCAAAUUCUCACUGUCCUCAAUGAUAUUUUGAAAGUUGAAGCCAUAGAGGAAGCUUUCAGCUGCAUCAUAGUUCAUAAUACAAACAAAGAAAAGGAAAAAAUCAAGGGAUGGCAAAAUGAUUUGACAAAUGCUAUGGUGAUUCUGAGCUUAGAACAACGGGAAAGUGCUGUAAGAAAGUUUCUUUAUACAGCUGCUGAAAUAACUAAUUACAGACGAAUGCAUCUUAUUAUGACUCUACUUGAAAAUCUAGUAUCUACUAAUGUUUUAUCAGCUAGAAUGGUAUGCGAAUGUAUUCUAAGCUGUGAUAAACUUCAGUAUCAGAAUGGAGAAUUUUGGAUUAAAUGCUUUACUGUCAUUCGACAUAUUAUUGGUGGGGUGGAUUACAAAGGAAUUCGAGUAAUCAUAAAGGCUUGUAGAGAUAGGGCACACUCAUUACCCACAAGAUUAGAUGCUUCUGUACAGCCACAAAUGAAAGUUUUAGAAAAUCUUAUUCAGUACAUAUUUGAUAGAAAUGCUUGUUUAAUACCUAGUUAUUUGAUUAUUGAUGAACUUCAAAAAUAUCCAGAAAAUAAAGUCUGGCCUCACUGGCUUGCCAAAUUAAUAUCUACUUUCAUUGAUAGUUUUAGAAAAGUUGCACAAAUGAUAACAAUUAUUGGUCAUUCAAAAAUGUUACCAGUAGUUGAGCACACAGGAUAUAGCGAUCAUUUAGUAGUACCAUGGCUUCUAGAUCGUAAUACAUUGCAAUUUACUCUUAAAGGACAUCUACCAUUUGACCAAGAAUUAUUAAAACCUCAAACAGAAUUAUUACGUUAUGUACUUGAACAACCCUAUAGCAAAGACAUGGUUUUUUCUAUGUUAGGAUUACAAAAUAAAAUGAUAAGCCAACAACAGAACAUGAAAUGUGUAGCACUGGAAGAACAAUUUGUUGACCUUGUGAUAAGAACUAUGGAAAGAUCAGAGAAUGAGCCUAAUUCUGUUGAAGGAUCAGAAGAUACAACUAUUAACCAUUGGCCUUGGCUGCACCUCUCUUCACAGCUCAUAUGUUAUGUUUUAUCUCAAUUUGCUAAUUUUCCCAGUUUUGUCAUGGCUAUUCAUGAAAAGCUAGCAGGAAGAGAGUGGAAAAAAUCAAGGGAUCAUUUAAUGUGGGUAUUAUUGCAAUUCAUAUCUGGAUGUAUUCAGAGGAAACCUGCCAGUACUUUUUAUCCAAUUUUUAAACUCUAUGAUUUGUUGUAUCCUGAAAAAGAACCACUUCCACUGCCAGAUUUGACUCAACCAAUUUGUACUCAUCAAUUAGCUUUAAUAUCUAUUUGGAUGCAUCUUCUAAAAAAAAUCCAUGCAGAUAAUUCGAAUUUUCAUAAAAUGAUACCUCAUAAUUUGAAGAUUCAUUACGAAUUCCUUCAUUUGGCAUUGCAAAAUACUCCACUAAGUAUGGGAACAGAUUAUAAAAUACCCCUACUUUGCAAUGCAUAUUCAACAAGUUUAGAAUUAUUCAAUAGACCAAUGGCUGUAUUAGUUGAAUUAAUAUUAGGUACUCAAAAGAAUCAGCAACAGCAACCUAUGCAAGGAAUACAAAACAAUUCUUCCCAAGUUAAUAGUCCAACAGCUCCUUUACCAAUGUCAGUUUUGGACUCAUUAACAAGUCAUGUCAAGAUGAGUUUAAUACACAGUAUUGUUACUCAUGUGGCCAAGUCAGCUUCCAAUAAAAAUAGUCCUCCAUUGCCACCUGCUCUUGUUGAGAAUUAUAGUCGAUUAUUAGUCUAUACAGAAAUGGAAAGUAUUGGUAUAAAAAAAUUUAUAAGUCAUCUUCUACCAACAGUUUUCAAAGCACAUGCAUGGGGUAUUUUAUAUACUUUACUCGAUAUGUUCAGCUAUCGUAUGCAUCAUAUUCAGCCUACAUAUAGAGUUCAAAUUUUAAGUCAUCUUCAUAAUUUAGCUGCUGUACCUCAAACAAAUCAAACACAGUUACACCUAUGUGUUGAAAGUACAGCUUUACGAUUGAUAACGGGCUUGGGCUCGGCAGAAGUAGAGCCACACUUAUCAAAAUUUUUAUCAGAGCCCAAAACCCUUGUGUCAGCAGACUCUGAAGAAUUAAAUAGAGCCUUAGUUAUAACUUUGGCAAGAUCAAUGCAUAUCACAGGUAUUGGAGGAGACACAGGUGGUACAUGGUGUAAGGAUUUGUUGAAUACAAUAAUGCAAAAUACUCCACAUUCGUGGGCUGAUCAUACACUACAGUGCUUUCCUCCAAUUUUGAGUGAAUUUUUCCAGCAAAAUAGUAUCAAAGAAGAAGAAAAACAACAGAUAAAGAAAGCUGUUGAAGAGGAAUAUAGGAACUGGGCUUCCAUGACCAAUGAAAACGAUAUAAUUGCACAUUUUUCCGUUCCAAAUAGUCCUCCUUUGUUUCUCUGUCUUUUAUGGAAAAUGAUUCUUGAAACUGAUCGAAUCAGUCCAAUAGUGUACAAAAUAUUGGAAAGAAUUGGUGCACGAGCACUGUCGGCACACCUUAGAAAAUUUUGUGAUUACAUUGUUUUUGAAGUAUCAAGCAUUACUAGUGAUGGUCAGUAUGUUAACAAAUGUGUGGAUGCAAUCAAUGGUAUGAUAUGGAAGUAUAAUAUUGUCACCUUCGAUAGAUUAGUAUUAUGUUUAGCUUUGCGAACAUUAGAAGGAAAUGAAGCACAAGUAUGCUUUUAUAUAAUUCAAUUAUUACUGCUCAAAGCGACUGAAUUUCGUAGUCGUGUGGUUGACUUUGUCAAAGAAAAUUCACCAGAUCAUUGGAAGCAAUCUAAUUGGCACGAAAAGCAUUUGGCUUUUCAUCGAAAAUAUCCGGAAAAGUUUGCUAACGAAGGCAUGAUGGAACAGUCAUCAGGCAGUCCCAAUCAAUAUCAAAGCUUUCCUGUUUAUUUUGGCAACGUGUGCUUACGUUUUUUACCCGUUUUCGAUAUUGUACUUCAUCGGCAUUUAGAAAUACCACAAGUUACCAAAAGCUUAGAAGUGCUUUUGGAACACCUGGGUUGUUUAUACAGAUUUCAUGAUCGACCAGUUACAUACUUAUACAAUACCCUGCAUUAUUACGAAAGGAAACUUAGAGACAAGCAGCCGUUAAAGCGACGUCUCGUCACAGCAAUACUAGGCUCUUUAAGAGAAAUUCGAGCACCAGGCUGGACCUUGUCUGACGCUUACCAAAGAUACAUGGUUCGUCCAAUCGAUGAUGUUUAUUGGCAACCCGAACUCGAGUACUACGUUCGCUUAGUGCAAAGAUUAGUUGAAACAAUAUCGGGUAGAUCUCAAUUUCCUUCUACCGACUGGAGAUUCAAUGAGUUCCCCAACCCCACGGCUCACAUGUUGUACGUAACAUGUGUGGAACUGAUGGCCCUACCAGUGGCACCCAAUGUAGUUGCGAAUAAUUUGCUCGAUGUCGCUGCGAAAGGCUACACGAUCAUUCCCUCCGAUGAAAUUCACAUGUGGAUCAAUUGUAUUGGUAUAAUAAUGACGGCUCUGCCGGAAUGUUAUUGGUCGACUUUGCACGACCGAUUGAUCGAAACUAUUACUAGUCCCGGCUUGACCAAGUGGCAGUACGACAACUUAUCGCCCUUUCAAUUAUUCAACUUCAACCUCACCCACAAUAGCUUUUUGGAGAACAAGUACAGUUACAUGUUGGCCUUGGCCCAUUCGGUGUGGCAUCACGCUGGAGUCGGUCAAAUCUAUACCAUGACACAAUUUAUGAAGGAAAAACUGCAACCCCUAGUUAAUAACGAAGAACAAUUAAUUUUUGCGUGUCAUUUGAUCGGCCCAACUUUGACACGUUUAAAUUGCGAACGUCCAAAAUCGCUCACUGAUCUCACGUUGAUCCUGUACGGUAUGUUGGAGCAAGUUAACCGAUCGCAGAGUCAUCUCGUACAAAUGGAUCCUGUGUGUGAUUUAUUCUAUCACAUAAAGUAUAUGUUCGUUGGGGAUUCGUUGAAGAAUGAGCUUGACAAUAUAAUAAGAAAAUUGAGACCAGCUCUGCAAUUACGGCUCCGCUUCAUCAACUACACCAAUGUCGACGAAAUCAAGUCUUCCUGAGAUUCGGCUAAUGCUGCGUCCGUGAAUGCAGCAUUACAACCGAAAAUAAAGAAUUCAAUUAAUCGUGCUACUUCAUAAAGCAUUUACAUAUAACAUUUUAUAUGCAUGUUGUCAAUUUUUAAAACGGUAUUAGCGUAAACGUAACCAAGUACGUUUAAUUUUUUAAAUAAAUUAAAUAAUGUGCAUUUAUAUUAGCAUACGUGACUCGACGAGACUUAUAGGUGUAUUUAAAUUCAUUUAACGGCUCUAUACAUAGAUGUAUUAGAUUUUAAAUUUACUUGUGCAUAUUAAGAAAGAUUUAAUUUAGAAGUUCAAUGUAUAAAUUGUGAUUUUAUAAGCUAUAUAGUUAUUGGUGCAAAUAUUAUAAGACAUAAGAUAAAAUAAGCGAGAAAUAAGUGUGCAAGAAAAUUUUUACAAUUUAGAUUUUUAUUACUGUACGAUAUUUACAGUGGACUUUGAAACAUAUUUAACAAAU